AUGGUUGUCGACACCUCUUACUAUGACGCAUUAGGCGUAAAACCCGACGCUACAGAGUUGGAAAUCAAGAAAGCAUAUAGAAAACUCGCCAUAACCACCCAUCCCGACAAAAACCCUGGCGAUGAAACCGCUCACGAACGUUUCCAAUCCGUUGGUGAAGCCUACCAGGUUUUGUCCAAUAAAGAUACGCGAGCUGCCUACGACAAAUAUGGCAAAGAAAAGGCCAUGCCGAGAGAAGGCUUCGAAGACCCCGCAGAAUUCUUUUCCAUGAUCUUUGGUGGUGAUGCCUUUGUUGACAUUAUUGGCGAGCUUUCUUUACUGAAAGAUCUCACACAUACCAUGGAUAUCACCAUGGAACAGAUGGAGGAAGAGGAGCUUGCUAAAUCUGCCGAGGAGAAGCUAAACCUUCAUGAGGAGAAAGAACAAGAGGCUACUGCUGCAGGUGUCUCAGCUGGAUUAUCUGGUGCCGGGUUAAGCGAUAAAGAAAGAGAAGCAAGAGCAGAUGCCAGCUCGCCAUCAGCAUCAAGUGCUGCUGCACCCCCACCUCCACCUUAUGUGGCUGGAGAAGAUGCCCCGGCUGCAUCAUCUGAAAAGGUCUCUGGUACCAGCACCCCGCAAAGACGAUACCUGGGACAGCAAGCAAUCAUGGAUCGCUCCGAAGAAGAUGCUCGAAUGGACGCUGCAGGGCUCAGCCCCGAGGAGAAAGAUCUGCAGAAGAAGAAAAAGAAGGGCGGGCUGACAAAGGAGCAGCGCGAGAAACUCGAGGCAUAUGAGCGAGAACGACGAAAGCAGCGUGAAGAGAGAGUGGACACUUUGGCCAAGAAACUCGUUGAUCGGAUCAGCGUGUGGACUGAGACUGAAAAGGGCGCCGAAGUGACCCAUGCAUUCCAGGAAAAAACGAGACUGGAAGUGGAAAACUUGAAGAUGGAAUCGUUCGGUAUUGAAAUCUUACAUGCCGUCAGUCAAACGUAUCUAUCAAAGGCCACCUCGUUCCUGAAAUCUCAGAAAUUCCUCGGUAUCUCAGGCUUCUUCUCUCGCCUGAAGGACAAGGGCACCUUGGCCAAAGACACCUGGAACACCAUCUCUACAGCGAUCGACGCACAGCUCACCAUGGAGGAAAUGGCGAAGCUAGAAGAAAAGGGUGGUGCCGACUGGACCGACGAAAAGAAAGCAGAAUACGAGCGAAAAGUGACUGGUAAGAUUCUCGCCGCAGCUUGGCGUGGCUCGAGAUUUGAAAUCCAGGGUAUUCUGCGGGAAGUCUGCGACAAGGUCCUGAACGAUAAGAACGUUAGGCUAGAGAAGCGUGUUGAGCGUGCACAUGCUCUCGUCCUCAUUGGAACCAUAUAUCAAAAGGCCGAACGUGAUCCCGACGAGGAAGGUGACUUUAUGGCCUUUGAGCAAUUGAUGGCCGAGUCGAUGAAGAAACAGGAAAAGAAGAAAGAAAAGGAGAAGGAGAAAGAACCUGAAGCUUCGGCCAGCGGCAGCCAUCGACAUCACUUUGGACACAAGGAGAAAGACCCGGCUGAGGCAUCCCGCGCGUCGGCCUCCUAG